AUGGCCUUCCAUCAACCUACGAGACAAGUCGCACGACGCACUUCUCGCGCAGUCGACCCAAACUCGGCGGAUUUAGAGGCGCUUGCACCCCGCCCUCCACUUACACAGUCCCGCGACGAGUCGCAAACCUGGGUCCUAUUCUCCCCUGCCACCGACUCUGGGACCUCCGUCUCCUAUCUCUCAUCAAUACAAGACGACCAGCCCACACCUGGCCGUUCGAGGAUAAGCGACAUUGGGAGCUUGCAAACAAUCGCGCACUCCGACAACCUCUAUUCCGAACCUGCCAACUCCGAUGUCCUCGAGGAGGACGACGCCAUCGAGGAUGAUGCCGAGUUCGACAGUCUUGACAGCCACUUGCCAGACUUCCUGCAUAGGGGCCAGCAAGGAGGAAACACACAGUCCACCACUAUUUUACCAGGUCACGAUGGGUUGGGUGGUUUCAGACUAGACACCCAAGGGUUGGCCACAGAGAUGCAGGAGACUAUGUACCAAUUCGAGCGAUACAAUCCCCGCAGAGUAAAGAGACGACGGGAAAGUCUUGAGCUUGGGCAACUUGCCUUGGAGAGUGAGGAGGCACAGGAAGCCGAUAGGAGGCGGCGCAUCGAGGAAUGGCGCCUCGAGCAGAGCCGGGUAUUACUACAAGAGAUACAGAAGGAGACGAGACGCAGGAGAGAGUCGACUGUGUCUGCUCUGACGGACAGGCUUAGAAGAGGCAGCCAAGGAUUUGUGGAGGCUGAGGCCGAGGACGCAGCGCUGAGCACGGUUGGCGACCCAACUCCUGAUGCCUCCAUGGCAGGGACCGAGUGGCACGACCAGGAUGCAUCUGAGAUGAAUCUCGGCGCAGGAGAGACGGAGGAAGCAGGUUAUUGGACGCGCAUUACACGAAGCGUUAUCCGUGACUUGAUGGGCAUCGACGACAAACUCUUGUGCGUUCUUUUCGGCGAGGCACUCCCUGAGGAUCUGGAUCUCGACACAGACGAUCUGUCAUCCACGCCCCGGGCUGCUGCACCUGGAAGCAAUGUGGCAGAGUCCGAGUCAUCUUGGCAGCUUCAACUCCUGGACAGAAUGGCACGAGAGCUCGGUGAUCUGGUCAAUCAGCUAUCCGCUCACCCCCAUCCGGGUGCGUUUUCGACGUACACACGCAUGCAGCAGAUGCCGCUGCCUUACGCGGGACUGCCUGUUAUUCCCGAGACUAUGACCACGCCCACACAAUAUGCUUCUCUUCAGGCUGUGCCGACGGCCAGUGAACCGAAUGAGGCUAAGAGGCAUGCUCCUUCGCGGAGGUCUUCGAAUGCUGAAGAGAGCACGAUGCCUUCCAUGCCCAAGUUUCAGCCAACGCUACAGGCAGUUCCCCAUGCACAACCGAUGGAUAUACCAAGGACAAAGACUGCAGAUGGUCCAGGCGAGGCAUCUGGAGCUGAGAAGCUCACGGGUACUUUUACCCAACAAGAGUGGGAGCAAGAUCUGGACAUCAAGCUUGUCUUCCGAUAUCUGCGCAACCGAUUCACCUCGUCUCGCGCCGCGGCCUCAAAUCAAUCCGGGCACACACAAUCGGCCGCCCAUAAUACAUCCUCCGCUCAAGACGCCGCAGCUAGGGCAGCAGCCCGCGUCAGACAACAUCACCCCCUCGUCCGCGGUGUCCACUCGCAUCAAAGACGGACGUCAUUCAAGGUCAGCGUGCCGGCAGGUGCGCCAAGCCAGCUUGUCCGGCACGCCAGUAGCUGCGCUAGCCAGAGCACCAAGAGGAGUGGACGGCGGGGCAGUAUGAGUGUCUCAUCGAGACAUUCGAGCAGGCAUUACUGGGACAUUGGUGCACGUGAUGGUGCCGGCAGCAUCGGUACUGGAAGCAUGAUCGCCAGCACAGGGCCGAUGGGCAGCUGGGGAGAGGUGUGA